GCUCGGUGCGCGCACCCGCCGCGUAACGCCACAGAGAAGCGUGACGGAGCAGCGAGAGGAGACGUCUUCACCUUCACCAGGAGCCGGACACUCUGAGCCACAGAGACCAGCUGCAGCGGUCACACAUCAAGCAGCCGCUCUGGUGAUCCGCUCUGCCCAGCACAUUCAUUCAGGAGAGUUAUCACACGCAUCCCGCAGAGAUGAGCAACAAGAAGAUGGAGGACGAGGCGGUGCUGGACCGGGGGGCCUCCUUUGUGAAGCACCUGUGUGACGAGGAGGAGGUGGAGGGUCACCACACCGUUUACAUCGGCGUGCACGUGCCCAAGAGCUACCGGCGUCGGAGGCGCCACCGCCGGAGAGCCGGGGGCCACAGGGACCGAAAGGAGCGGCAGACGGAGGGCACCUCUGACAAGUCGGACACAGAGAACAACGAUGAGGCCAGCAACAGCAUCCUCAAACCCCUCAUCUCGCCCGCGGCCGAGAGGAUCCGCUUCAUGCUCGGGGAGGAGGACGAUGGACCGGCCCCCCCGCAGCUCUUCACCGAGCUGGACGAGCUGCUGUCGGUGGACGGACAGGAGAUGGAGUGGAAGGAGACGGCCAGAAACUAUGAGAAGUGCCAGAAUGAUGAAGAAGAGUUUGAGGACGACUCACUAACGAGGAGGAAUAAUUCUGAAGAAUCGACACAAGACGAGAGAAACACAACGAUCCCCCGAGGUUUGAAGAAGUCGGGCGCUGAACUCAGACUUGUGACAUUCUGGUUUCCAGUGAGAUCGAGUCCCUGA